AUGAGGAUGAGGAAAGCUAUGAUGAUGACGAGGAAGAGAAGGAGGAGAAGGACAAGGACGGGCAGCUGCUGGGGAGCCGCCGGCCUGCUGCGACCGCCCCGAAGCACCACCACCACCUCCAACGCCCUCUUCGGCACCAGGCAGCCUCUCACCCGGCUGGCAGCACACCACGACGACGAAAAAGAAGAAGCGGAGGAGGGCAGACAGCAGCGCCGGGCGGCUCGGCUGGCGUCGACGCGGCUCGGGAGCAGGGACGCCGCAGACAUGAACGGGAUCACCAAGGGCCGCUUCGAGGUGUUCUCCAACAGCGAUGAAGCCCCCAUUAACAAGAAGCUACCUAAAGAGCUGCUACUUAGAAUAUUCUCCUAUCUGGACGUGGUUACACUUUGUCGGUGUGCCCAAGUGUCCAAGGCCUGGAAUGUUCUGGCUCUGGAUGGCAGCAACUGGCAGAAGAUCGACCUGUUCAACUUCCAGACGGACAUCGAGGGCCGCGUGGUGGAGAACAUCUCCAAACGAUGUGGAGGCUUCCUGAGACAGCUCAGCCUGCGAGGAUGCCUGAGCGUGGGCGACGCGUCUAUGAAGACUUUUGCACAGAACUGUCGUAACAUUGAAGCAUUGAACCUGAACGGCUGCACCAAGAUCACAGAUAGCACUUGCCUAAGCCUGAGCAAGUUCUGCUCUAAGCUCAAGCACCUGGACCUCACCUCUUGCGUGUCCGUCACCAAUCAUUCCCUCAAGGCCCUCAGCGACGGUUGCCGCACGCUGGAGACCUUGAAUCUUUCCUGGUGUGACCAGAUCACGCGCGACGGCAUCGACGCCCUGUCCCGAGGCUGCGCCGGUUUACGGGCGCUAUUCCUCAGAGGCUGCACGCAGCUGGACGACGGCGCCUUGAAGCACCUGCAGAAGCACUGCCAAGAGCUCACCACCAUCAAUAUGCAGUCAUGCACGCAAAUCACCGACGAGGGCCUGGUGAGUCUGUGCCGAGGAUGCCACAAACUGCAGAUCCUCUGCGUGUCGGGCUGCAGCAACAUCACGGACGCCUCUCUCACUGCGCUGGGACUCAACUGUCCUCGGCUCAAGAUCCUUGAAGCCGCGCGAUGUUCCCAUGUGACAGAUGCUGGCUUCACUGUGCUGGCUAGGAACUGCCACGAGCUUGAAAAAAUGGACUUGGAAGAAUGUAUUUUGGUGACAGACAACACUUUGGUUCAACUGUCCAUCCAUUGCCCCCGUCUGCAAGCUUUGUCGCUGUCCCACUGCGAGCUGAUCACGGACGACGGCAUCCGGGCGCUGAGCGUGAGCACGUGCGGCCAGGAGCGUCUACGCGUGGUGGAGCUGGACAACUGCCCGCUCAUCACCGACGUUACCCUGGAGCACCUGAAGAGCUGCCACCGCUUGGAGCGCAUCGAGCUCUACGACUGCCAGCAGGUUACCAGGGCCGGCAUCAAGCGCAUACGGGCCCACCUUCCCGAGAUCAAGGUCCACGCUUACUUCGCCCCCGUCACGCCCCCUCCCUCAGUGCACGGCGGCGGGCAGCGCCUGUGUCGCUGCUGCAUCAUCCUCUGA